AUUCUAUGACUAUCCGUAUGAUGAGCCGAAGCAAAGUUAACGCUCAUUAUGACGGGAAAAUCGCUGGUUUAUACGAUCUGGGAGAUACAUUAGGACGCGGCCAUUUUGCCGUUGUCAAAUUGGCUAAACAUGUUUUUACUGGAGAACAAGUUGCUGUGAAAGUGAUUGACAAAACUAAGCUGGACGAUGUUUCACGGGCACAUUUAUUUCAAGAGGUGCGGUGCAUGAAAUUAGUUCAGCAUCCUAACGUCGUGCGCUUGUACGAUGUGAUAGAUACGCAAACUAAAUUAUAUCUAAUACUUGAACUCGGGGAUGGGGGAGAUAUGUAUGACUACAUUAUUAAACACGAGAAUGGUGUGGACGAAGAAACUGCGAAAAAAUAUUUUCGACAGAUUGUUCACGCUAUUUCUUACUGUCAUAAACUUCAUGUUGUGCAUAGAGACUUGAAACCCGAAAAUGUGGUUUUCUUCGAAAAGCUCGGCAUGGUUAAGUUGACAGAUUUCGGAUUUAGCAAUAAAUUUUGUCCUGGACAAAAAUUAGAAACAUCUUGUGGGUCACUGGCAUAUUCUGCCCCAGAGAUUUUGCUUGGGGAUUCAUAUGAUGCACCAAAAGUGGAUGUAUGGAGUCUUGGAGUUAUUUUAUAUAUGUUGGUUUGUGGAAGGGCACCGUUUCAAGAAGCGAAUGACAGUGAAACAUUGACGAUGAUUAUGGAUUGUAAAUAUACUGUUCCUUCUCACAUUUCUCAGGACUGUGUCAGGCUCAUAGGUGAAAUGUUGAUUCGUGAUCCAGAAAAGCGGUUUUCCCUUGAACAAAUUGCAAAUGAUCCGUGGUUGAACAGUGGAGAUGUCAUUCAACCAGCUGAUCAUUUACCUCUCAUAUCUCGUGAGCACCUUUCAGAAGAGGAUCACACUCAUAUUGUACAAAAGAUGGUAAAUGGAAAUAUUGCAUCAAAAGAAGAAAUAAUGGAGGCCCUUGAUAAAAACGAAUAUAACCACAUUACGGCUACCUAUUUCUUGCUGGCUGAACGGAAACUACGUGCACAACGGCAAGAAAGAGCUCAAAUGAUUAAUAGCCGAAUUUCAAGAGCUGAUCUUUCACCUGUGGCCCUGACCCCAAGUGUAUCUUCAGCUGUGCCAUCCCCUGCUCAAGAAAAACCAAUCACGUCCGUCGAAGGAUUACUUUCUCCUUGUCUCCCGUCCAAAUCCCUUCAAGUUCAUGAUUUUACUCCUCGCUUUGGAUUGACCGAUGUUCCUCGAUUUACUGCCGAAGUGAGUGCGACUGCCCCCAAUGUACCACUUCAAAGAAAAUGCAGCAUUGUUAGAGAAGAAGACGAUGUGUCCAGCGUUGCGAGCAGUGCAUCUUCUCCUGCCAAAUCCCCUUCCAACGAGACUAAAACUCUGAGGGAACAACUUGCAAAAUUAGAAGAAGAUGGAAGCGAGAAUACAAGUCCAUGUAAUGUAUCAGAAGAUAAAGUUUCAUCUCCGAGGCCAUCCUUUUCUCUUCCUGUACCAAACUAUACCAAUACUCUUCCUCUUGUUGAGAAUAAAAGUGCUAAAGUGACUAUUGCAAGCUUAGAUAUUAAUUCACGUCGAAAGAAUGUUGGCCAUAAUCGCAGGCUGCAUUCUGUGCAGAGUUCGCCUCAGUUGCCCUUGAAUGAAGUAAAUGAAGAAAGGGAUAAUUCUCCCAUUAAAUUUGCAGCUGCUAAGAAAAAAUAUGUGGGGAAAUUGCAGUCUCGUGUCAUAUUAAAGAUGAUGGAACAGCAUCAUAUUCCCGAUAAAUCUAACUGCGACACAAAUCAGUUCGAGAAGGACACGAUGAAUAGUGAAGAAGGUAAACUGAUGAUGUGUGAUAAAGAAACAAAAUUUUUGUAUCAAAAAACUAGUUACAUGUCUAAGGAUGAGUUUAAAAAAUGCGACAAUGAAUGGAAAAUAUGUGAGAGUGAAAGUAAAAGCAAGCAAACUAAAAAAUCACCUUUUACACAUUCUGUUUUUUCUACGGAGAGUACAGACAGUUUAGACUUUUUGUCUGAUGAUCAACCGCGAUUAACAAAUUCAAUGAGUUGUGGAGAUCUUUCUUCAGAUACAGUGCAUUAUGUUUCUCCCGAUAAAUCGAUAAUCCUCAGAGCAGACAGCAUCUCGCUGACAGAAAUUCCUCAAGUUGCAUCCAAUGACGUCUCAGAAGAAACACAACCGAAAUCUUCUGUAGAUAGUACAUUCAACAGGUAUGCAUCAUCGAUCGGUAACAGUCUAAGUUUGAACAGUGGCCUUAGUUCUCUGCAGAGGCACAAAUUGAAUCUCAAAGGGAGUUUGCACGCUUCCAAUCCGGACAAAAUUUCCGACAAGAAUGGGCGCGUGUCGACUCUCGGAAGACUGGUCGGAUCCGGUAAUCGCUCCAUGAACCGGCAAAGGCUGGAUAUCAAUCAGAAUGGCUGGAGGAAAAACGACAGGAAGAAGGAUUUAACCGGAAGCGGCAAGAGUAGGGGAAGCCAGCAAGCUGUUGUUGAUAUGAAAUUAGCUUCCAAAUGUUGCAUGUUGUGUUAACAGAGGUUUAUCUUGUUAAGUAGAAAACAAAUUCACUUUUUUAAAGAGGCACCCUAUCUGUUUGUCUGUUGAAUGGAGUCUUCCAUUACAGUCGAGCAAAAUGUCCUUUUGUUAUGUACAAUGUCUUAUAUGGCCAAUGAACAUUGAAAAAGCUCAAAAUAGGUUAAAAUCCUGCGAAGCAGAAAGUUUGUAUUGUUAGAAGAUAUUUGAU